UAAAUAUUAUUCUUGAUACAUUAUUGUUAUUCUAUAGCGAGAAUUUUUUUUUUUAAGUAUAAGUUGUUAAGAAAAAAGUUGUGAGUGAUAAUUUGUUAUUAACUUUGGAUUUUAUUUUUUAAACUCUCUAGAAGUAAUGAUGUCUGUAGAUAUUAUUGAACCAAAACUAAUGGAAGGAGGCAACUACAUAAAAGAAGGGCGAGAUUCAUCUCGCAGUACGUGUUUAAUAUUUUCACCAAAAGAAGAAGACGAAGUCGGAGCUCUUGGGAAAUAUUUACAGAUAUUUAGUGAACAUAAAGUUAACUUGUCGUACAUCGAGUCGCGCAGCUCUGUGCGUAAAGUUAACGGAUAUGAAUUUGUGGUCGAAUGUACACCUGGGGGAAAUCUUGGGGCCGCUAUCGAAGCUGUUAAGGCACAGUCCGGUUAUUUUUCCAUCAUAUCGAGGAAUCAUAAGAAUAAUAUGGAUUCAGUGCCCUGGUUUCCGCGAAGAAUCCGCGAUCUCGAUAAAUUCGCAAAUCAAAUAUUGACUUAUGGAGCUGAAUUAGAUGCAGAUCAUCCCGGUUUUACAGAUCCUGUUUACCGAUCACGGAGAAAGUAUUUUGCAGACAUAGCCUUCAACUACAAACAUGGAGAAAAAAUUCCGCGCGUUGAUUACACGCAAGAAGAAACAGCAACAUGGGGAGUUGUCUUUAAUAAACUGACUGAGUUGUAUCCAAAAUAUGCGUGUCGUGAACAUAAUCAUGUGUUUCCGUUGUUGAUUGAAAAUUGUGGAUACCGGGAAGAUAACAUACCCCAGCUUCAAGACAUAUCUAGUUUUUUGAAAGAUUGCACCGGAUUUAUUUUACGACCAGUAGCUGGAUUAUUGUCUUCACGUGACUUUCUAGCCGGACUAGCAUUCAGAGUGUUCCAUAGUACCCAAUAUAUCAGACACAGCAGUAAGCCAUUGUAUACUCCGGAGCCUGAUGUCUGUCAUGAAGUUCUAGGUCACGCGCCGAUGCUCGCUGAUCCGGCAUUUGCUCAAUUUUCUCAAGUUAUUGGAUUGGCAUCUCUGGGAGCCCCAGAUGAGUACAUUGAAAAACUUGCCACUUGUUUCUGGUUCACGGUUGAGUUCGGAUUGUGUCGACAACAAGGGGAACUGAAAGCUUACGGAGCAGGACUUUUGUCGUCCUUUGGCGAGCUCGAGUAUGCCCUCAGUGGGAAACCAGAGCUUAGAGCUUUUGAUCCAGCGAAAACUGUAUUACAGAAAUAUCCGAUAACCGAGUACCAGCCUGUUUACUAUGUCGCUGAAGACUUCGAGGAUGGAAAAGAAAAAAUAUUGAAAUUCGCACAAACGAUACCCAAAAAGUUUGGAGUAAGAUACGACCCAUACACUCAGAGUAUCAACAUAAUUGACAGCAAAUAUCAGAUCGAGGAGUUAAUUAUUAAUGUAAAUCAAGAGAUGGAAAUAUUGAUGGACGCGUUUAAAAAAUUGAAAAAUUAAUAAUUUUAACUUGCAUUUAAUUAAAAUUAUUGAUUAAGUU